GUUGUCCGAAUAGUCCGAGUCCAAUUUGUUCGGCUACUCGGCUCGGUUGUCGUUUCUAUUGUCUCUCGACCAAUCAGGAUCGGGAUCGAAUCCUGUAAUUAGCUGCAAGUUACGUCUGAGUGAAGAAGUCCAUAUCCGAACACAUCUAUAAUUCAAAAGAUGCCAACUGUUAUUGGGUUUGAAGGAAGCGCUAACAAACUUGGUAUAGGGAUAGUUAAAGAUGGAGUUGUAUUGUCAAAUCCUCGUUGUACGUACAUCACACCGCCAGGACAAGGAUUUAUGCCUAGUGAUACAGCAAAACACCACAGGGAAAACGUCUUAUCUAUAUUAAGAAAGGCACUGAAUGAAGCUAAUAYUGAGCCUAAAGACAUUGAUUGUGUGUGUUACACAAAGGGACCAGGAAUGGGAGCACCACUAGUAUCAGUAGCAGUUGUAGCAAGAACUGUAGCCCAGCUAUGGAAUAAGCCUAUCAUAGGUGUAAAUCACUGUAUAGGGCAUAUUGAAAUGGGACGUUUGAUUACAGGUGCAGAUAAUCCUACAGUGUUAUAUGUUAGUGGAGGAAAUACUCAAGUUAUUUCAUACUUACAAAAGAGGUACAGAAUAUUUGGAGAAACCAUUGAUAUAGCUGUAGGGAACUGUUUGGAUAGGUUUGCUAGAGUCUUAAAGUUGUCUAAUGACCCAAGUCCUGGAUAUAACAUUGAACAGAUGGCAAAGAAAGGAAAAAAAUUGAUAGAGCUACCCUAUACAGUUAAAGGAAUGGAUGUGUCAUUCUCUGGUAUAUUGUCAUACAUUGAGAGCGUUGGACCAAGUCUCAUCAAGUCUGGUGAAUGCACACCAGAAGAUCUAUGCUUUUCACUACAGGAAACAUUGUUUGCAAUGUUGGUAGAAACSACAGAAAGAGCUAUGGCACAUUGUGGAUCAAAUGAAGUCUUGAUUGUUGGCGGUGUUGGAUGCAACAAGAGACUGCAAGAAAUGAUGGGUGUCAUGACAGAAGAGAGAGGUGCAAAGCUGUAUGCCACUGAUAUGAGGUUUUGUAUUGAUAAUGGAGCCAUGAUAGCUCAGGCUGGAUGGGAAAUGUUUAGAACAGGUGCCAUUACUCCCUUUCAUGAAACAACAUGCACUCAAAGGUUUCGUACUGAUGAUGUUGAAGUCACGUGGAGGGAUUAAUGGAAGGAAGUAUCCUUUAAAUAGUGCCGCGUUUGGCACAGUUUACGAUCACGCGGUGGACACGCUGUUUUCAGAGCGCAUGCGCUGUUGAAAAGGAACUUGUUAUGGCGUGCUAGUCAUAUGUCAUGGCAUCCCGACUUAAAUAAUUCCGGCCGAAAACAUAUCACGUCGAAAUAAAAGAAUUUUUGUGCAAUUUCACUUGGCUGUGAAGAUGUUUAAAUUUUUUUAAUUCUAUAUUCUUUAGUUUCACCUAUACAGCUCUGCUGUUGUUUGAUUUCUCUGGUUGUUGUACUACUAUGCGAGAGGYUUUUUUCGUAAUAUAACUUAUUUUAUCAAAAUUUCAACGAAAAACAGCUUCGAAAUAUUCCAAGUUUAUGUGCGUGACUGAACUGUCAGUCAAAUCAUGCGUAAACAAGUCACGUGUACCUAAUCAUAUCAUAUAUUUUUAAUUCGUGUUUACUUAGAAUAUAUGUAUUAGAAUAUAUAUAUGACCUAUGUUCUAACGAAAGUUUUUCACGCUUUAUCUAUUAUGCCAACGUAAUAAAUAGACUUUUCCAACUG